AUGCUACAACCCCGGAUACGGCCCAUCUGCACCCAAUGCCGCCAUCUCCUAUCCUCCGUCCGCAGCUAUGCCACUCCAGCAGAAGACCGCGUGCACGCUUCCACCUCAGUACCAGAGACCACCGCCUUCACUCCCUCAUCAGCGCCCAUGCGCAGAGAUGGCGGCGCUUUACAGAUGAAGACCUACAAGCCUCGAACUCCUGGUGUCCGACAUUUGAGACGACCCAUCAAUGACCAUCUCUGGAAAGGCGGACCACACAAACCAUUGACUUUCCCGAAAAUCGGGCAUGGCAAGGGUGGUCGCAACAACAGUGGCAGGGUCACAGUCCGGCAUCGUGGUGGAGGUGCGAGAAGAAGGAUUCGGACUGUCGACUUUGAGCGCAAGGAGCCAGGCAAGCACCUGGUUGAGCGCAUUGAAUACGACCCCAAUCGAUCAGCGCAUCUAGCACUUGUAGAGCACGUCAAGACGAAGAAGAAGAGCUACAUCAUCGCCGCUGAGGGGAUGCGCGCAGGAGAUGCAGUGGAAAGCUAUCGCUCAGGCAUCCCAAGCGAGUUGAUCAAGAGCAUGGGUGGCGUGGUUGAUCCGGGUAUGCUUGCUGCAAAGACCGCAUUCCGCGGAAACUGUCUACCGGUGCACAUGGUGCCGCUUGGAACGCAGGUGUACUGUGUCGGCUCCAACCCAGCCAAAGGCGCUGUCUUCUGCCGGAGCGCGGGAACAUACGCCACCGUGAUGGCGAAGGAAGAGCACAAAGGCAAGGUCCAGAGUGUUACAGUCCGCAUGCAGAGCGGUGAAGUACGGAAGGUGGCGAAGGAUGCGUGUGCGACGAUUGGAGUGGCGAGCAAUCCGCAUUGGCAGUUCAGACAGCUAGGCAAGGCUGGACGGAGCAGAUGGCUGAACAUCCGGCCGACAGUGAGAGGCCUGGCCAUGAAUGCGAGCGAUCACGCUCAUGGUGGUGGAAGGGGUAAGAGUAAGGGUAAUGUGCAUCCUGUGUCGAUUUGGGGCACGCCGGCCAAAGGUGGUUUCAAGACGAGGAAGAAGCGCAACAUCAACAAGUUCGUCGUCCAGCCUCGAGUACGGAACCAGGGGAAACGGCGGGCGAAGAAGUAA